AUGUCCAAGAUAGAGAAGCUUUCAAUCCAGGGCGUCCGGUCCUUCGGGCCAAAGAAAGUGAUGGCCAUCCAGUUCGAGACGCCACUCACCCUGAUCGUGGGCGUGAACGGUUCCGGCAAAACCACUGUCAUUGAGAGUUUGAAAUACAUAACCACCGGAGAACUGCCGCCCAAUGCCGCCAGAGGAGCUUCAUUCAUCCACGACCCCGAGUUUGAUGGCGAGAAGGAGGUACUUGCAAAGCUGCAACUGCUCUACACAUCUGUCAACCACACGAGGAUUGUGUCUACCCGCAACCUUCAACUUACAAUCAACUCCAGGGGUGCUCGAAGUGCCAAGCAGCUUGAAGGCACCAUUCGAAUGGUGAAGGACGGAGAGCGGAGCGCCGUGAGCUCCAAGACGAUGGAGCUGAACGGCCUGAUGCCACGCUCACUCGGCGUGUCCAAAGCGAUUCUGGAAUAUGUCAUCUUCUGUCACCAGGAAGAAUCGUAUUGGCCCCUUGGUCAAGCCAAGGAGCUGAAGGAGAAAUUCGACCAGAUCUUCGAAGCACUCAAAUACAGCAGGGCAAUCGACAAUCUCAAGGUCUUGCAGAAGAAUAAGCGAGAGGACUUGAAGACAUUGAAAGUGAUUGAGGACCAUGCCAAAGCUGACAACGACAAGGCCAACAAGUCCAAGGGAGUUCGAAAGAAGCUGGAGACGGACAUUCAAAAUCUGAAUCAGAGAAAGCUGGAGCUUGGCCAGCAGCUUCAGGAGGCCAAGGAGAAGGCAGAGGAGUUCUGGGAGCAGGCUGGCAAGGCUGACCACUACGUCAGCGAGCUACGAGGCAAGCGCAUAGCGCGUCAGACCAAGGACGAGAGUGUUCAGAGCUUGCGGCAGAACCUGAACGAGAUGUCCGAUUCUGAUGCAGAACUCCAGAAGAUGUUUGAACAAUACGAGGAGCGCAUCGCGAUGUACAACGCCGAGCUUGACGAAAAGACUGCGACUUACCAUGAAUUCACAAACGAGAUCCAGGAGGCGAGAGAUCAGGUCAACUCGAAGGAGCGUGAGGUUGGAUCCUACGAGGCACAGAAGGAGAGCUACGACCGUCAAGUCCAGAGCCGGAAGCGACUUGUGCAGGAGACUGCACGCAGCCACGAGAUCCGCGGAUACGAUCUGGACAUCGACGAUGAUAAGGCGAAGACUUUCAUGGAAGUCAUCUCCAAGAGGGCUCGCGACCAGCAAGCAGAGUUCGAACAGGCACGUUCUGAGGCACGAGAAGAGCUGCAAAAACAGCAAAAAGUGCUCAACGGAAUAUAUGAGCGCAAGUCGGCGUCGAACCAGAGCAAGAAUACCGCCCGUCAGACAAUCUCGACAUACGACGGCAAGAUUCGUGGCCUUCAGGCACAGCAAAACAAGAUCGACCUUGACGAGGGUGGAAAGGCCACCUUGGAGUCGCAGCUACAGGAGACUCAGACCCAGUUGCAGCAGUCACGCUCCGAGCUGACCAGCUCCGACUGGAAUACUGUCAUCGAGAGCACCGAAUCCGAGAUGCGCCGGCUUGACGAUGACAAGGAGAAGCUUGAUACAGAAUAUGCGGAAGCCGCACGCCGCGCUGGCGAUUCUGCACAGCUCGACUUCGUUCGAAAGGAGCUCAAGGAUCGGGAGCGUGGCUUGGAGACCAUGAAGAAUGCCCACAACCAGACGAUCAGCACUCUCCUUGGCAACGCAUGGUCACCAGCCAACGCUGAGCGUGACUUCCAGCGUGUGCUCGAACAGAAGGGCGCGGAGCUUUCUGAGGCUGAGCGUCAGAGGAACGGAACUUCCCAAGAGCUCGACUAUCUUAAGGCGAGGAUCAAAGAGCGCGAGGGCGAAAUUGAAGCUGCGCAGAAGGAUAUCAAGAACGCUACAGUAACGAUCAGGAACGCUUUAGACUGUACCCCUGACGCCUACCUCAACGAGAUGGAGCAGGUCGAGCGCAAUCGUGACGAGCUCAAGGCGGACAAGGAGCAGCUGGACAAAGUACGCGAAUUUCUCGAGUCGUGCAUUACAUCGGCAAAGAACACCAAGUCGUGCAGAAUCUGUUGCAAGAAGGUUGCCACCAAUCACGAGCUCGAGACACUGACUAACAGCGUCACGGCACAGCUCAAGAAAUAUCAGAUUGCACAAGACACGGAACAGAAUCUGAAGACGAUCGAACAAGACCUGAAGGAGGGCAAAGCCGCCAGACCUGCAUAUGAGACCUGGGAAAAGCUUCACAGCCAAGUACUUCCAGCCAAGCAAGCGGAAUUGCAGCAGCUCGAGCAAGACCACAAGCGUCUCACCGCGCAACUGGAGCAACAGGACUAUACAUUCGAUGAGAAGAAGCGGGCAAAGAGCGAUGUCGAUGCCAUGGCUCGGACGAUCCAGAACAUUUCCAAAUACGUCAAUGAGAUCGCCAACUUUGAGGCUCAGGUCAAGGAGCUUCAGGAGAAGCAGAAGACAGCAGGUCUAUCUCGUGGUCUCGAUCUCAUCGAAGGUGAUCUGAAGAAGGUCAACGAGAACUUGAAGGCUCUCAAGGCUCGCCACGGCGAUGCUCUGAGCAACCGCGAUCGUGUCAAGGCACGAAUCAACAACCUCGAGCUGCAGGCCAGCGAGCUCAAGGGCAAAGUUAGCCAGGCAGAGUAUCAGCUGAAGGAGAAGAAAUCUUUGCAGGCCCAAGAGGAAGAGUACAGAGGUCUUGUCGCUGAGAAGCGAGACGAAAUCAAAGCCAUCGAUACUCAGCUCCAGAACUUAGAGUCUGAGCAGUCGGCCGCGCAAGUCAAGUACGACGACAUCACCCAGCAGAGCGCCGAUCGAGACCGAGAGCUACAGGACAAGGCAGGCAAGCUGCACAGCAGCGUGAACAAGCUGAAGAUGGCAGACCAGGAGAUCCAAGCGUAUCACGAUCGAGGAGGCGACGCACAGUUGAAGCGAGGCCGGCAGGAAAUCGACACGGCAAAGUCCACGCUAGCCAGCCUCGUCGACACGCAGCGGAAUCUCGGCCGUGAGAUCAAGCAGCUCGAAGACCGUAACCGUGACCACGAUGAGACAAAGCGAAGCAUCGUCGACAAUCAGCGUUUCCGUCGCGACUUGCGCCAGCUUGAAGCCCUUAACAGGGAGAUAGCGGAGCUCGAGAGCCACAACGCUGAGGCGGACAAGGCGAGGUACGAGCAAGACGCCCGGUGGUGGCAAAACGAACGCAACAAGUUCGCCGCAGAAGAGGCUGGCGUCUCUGGACAGCUGAAGGAGGUCGACUCUGCCCUUGCUCAAGCCUACACAGACUGGGAGACAGACUACAAGAACGCUAAGAACAAGUACAAGGAGGCCCACGUGAGGGUGGAGACAACCAAAGCUGCGAUUGACGAUCUCGGCCGAUGCGCAGGCGCUCUGGACAAGGCCAUCAUGAAGUACCACUCGUUGAAGAUGGAAGAGAUCAAUCGCAUCAUCGCCGACCUCUGGCGCAGCACAUACCAAGGCACGGAUGUCGACACUAUCUUGAUCCGCAGCGAGAACGAGACGCAAAAGGCCAACAAGAGCUACAACUACCGCGUGUGCAUGAUGAAGCAAGACACCGAAAUGGACAUGCGCGGUCGCUGCUCGGCCGGGCAGAAGGUGUUGGCGUCCAUCAUCAUUCGUCUGGCUCUCGCAGAGUGUUUUGGCAGGAACUGCGGUGUCAUUGCUCUGGAUGAACCUACGACCAACCUCGACCAAGACAACAUCAUCGCCCUCGCAAAGAGUCUGGGCGAGAUCAUCCGUCAACGUCGUGCUCAGCGCAACUUCCAGCUCAUUGUUAUCACCCACGACGAGGACUUCCUGAGAGCCAUGAACUGCUCCGAUUUCACCGACAACUACUUCCGCGUGUACCGGGAUGGAGACCAGAAGAGUCAGAUUGUCAAGCAGAGCAUCUCUGAGAUUGCGUGA